AUGGCAACAUUUGCCUAUACAGAGGGUGAUAUCAAUCGUAUCACAUCGGCCCUUAGAGGAGCUAGGGAAUUUUUAACUAAUGAGAGUGAACGCGGAAUAGCUCACAAACUUGAGAGAGAUUUAAAAAGAAAAAUAAGUUGGGAACUACAUGUAAAUACCCUAGGAGAAUACCUUAGACAAAAAAGAAUUCCAAGGGGUUUGAGAGUUAGAUUACAUCCCACAUUAUGUAGAGACAAUGCUGAACACCGGACAAUAUGGUACAAAAUUUUGAAUAAAUGCUCAGUGGACCUCAUGGUACUAACUAUAGAAUCUCUACAGAAAGAAUUAACUAAACUUAUUAAAGAGAUAGCAGCAACGGAACAAGAACUAGCAGCAGUCACUGCAUCAACUGACUUAGAGACACUCAAAAAACAAAUAGAAGAUAAAUUAAAAGAGUAUCAGAGAGAAACGGAAGAAUUCAAAAAGAAAAAAUUCCAUAGAGACGAAUUAGAUUAUCAAAGGGAUCAAGUUUACACCUGGUACUCUAGAGCGGACAAUCGUUCGUAUAGACCCAACAGAGAUACAACUACACAGAGAUGGCGCUCGGAUACAGAGGGGGCUACAUCCUCCUCCUCUGCCUCCUCGUCUUCAGGGAUGACUUUUUUAGAGAGAGGUACACGACACGAAGAAGCAUCAGGCGGGGGGGUUACAACAAGAGGCACUCGGGAGAAAAGACAAGGCCGACCGCCCCAAUCGAGACGCAAUCUCUAA